GGUACAGAAGUCGAAGCCAAGAAGAAAAGCGAGACAAUGAAGCUCAUCUGCGACUUCCCGUCGCCAAAGUCCCUGCCGGACAAGUACGUCUUGCCGCCGGAGAGACGCCCUUGCAACCACGAGCUACAAGGCGACCUCUCGGUCGCUCUCCCCGUCAUCGACCUCCAAGGAGCUCUUGGAGAUGGCCGCCGACAGGUCAUUGGCGAGAUCAUGGAGGCCGGCAAGGAGUAUGGCUUCUUCCAGGCAGUGAACCACGGUGUGGGGGAAGACGUGAUCCAGGGCUUCCGUGAAGCGGCGGCAGAGUUCUUCAGGAUGCCGGCCGAGGCAAAACUCAAGCACUACUCCAACGAGCACAACAAGCAUUGCCGGGUCUUCUCCGGCUCCGUCACGUCCCACACUGACACCAACGACAUCCGCUACUGGCGCGACUGUCUCAAGCUCCGGUGCUACCCGGUCGACAAGCUGAUGGACCAUUGGCCAUCACAGCCAGAAACAUUUCGGGAGCGUCUUGCAAAGUACGCCGUGGCAGUGCAAGAGCUGGCACAAAGGCUCCUGCGACUCAUCGCGGAGGGGCUCGGCUUGGAUAGUCAAUUCUUCGAGGGCGACCUCACCGGCGGGGAGACGAUGAUGAACGUGAACUACUACCCGCGAUGCCCCGACCCGAGCCUCACGCUGGGCAUCCGGCCGCAUUCCGACCGCUACAUCCUCACCGUCCUGUCACAGGGCGACGUCACUGGUUUACAGGUGAAGCACAAGGGACGCUGGAUCGGUGUCCAACCCAUGCGCAACGCGUUUGUUGUCAACUUUGGGCUUCAGCUGGAGAUGGUGACCAACGGGGUGCUUACAAGCGUGGAGCACCGGGUGGUGACGAACUCGGCCAAGGCGAGGAUGUCGGUGGCAACGCUUAUCAGGCCAAAUAUGGGCUGCAGGAUUCGUCCGGCGCCGAUGAUGGUGAAUGGAGAGACCAACCAUCGUCCUAAGUACAGGGACUUCACGGGGAGCGAGCUCAUCGAGGCGUAUGAGGCCACUGCGGGAAAUAGGGAGGCCCUGCUUGCCUUGUUCAGGAUCCAUCACACCAAGUUGCUAUAGCUAGCGACAAGUACACAAACACACACUGUCGACCAUCGCUUUCUUAAGUUCAGUUUGUCGAUCGUAGUUUACUACUCCCAACAAUAAAUGAUUGUUAAAUCAUGCAUGCCGAUUGACAUGUGCAGUCAGUUGUUUUAAUUUUCAAUUAUCUGUUGUUAUAUUUUGCACUGUAAUAAGCAACAGAGUGAUUGCUACUC